AUGGCCACGGUGGGCAAGCAGAGCCCCUCGCCCCUGCUGGUCUCCGCCCGAGGGUCUUGCCUCUUCCUCCUCUUCUGCCUGCGCUUGGGCGCCUCCUGCCCGCAGCCCUGCCGGUGUCCCGACCACGCUGGGGCUGUGGCUGUCCUCUGCAGCGCUAGGGGCCUCCAGGAGGUCCCCAAGGAUGUCCCCACAGAGGCUGUGCUCCUGAAACUGGACGCCAACAAAAUCUCCCACGUCCCCAACGGAGCCUUCCAGCACCUGACCCAGCUGAGAGAGCUGGACCUGUCGCAGAACCUCAUUGAGACCAUCGGGCCCGCUGCCUUCUCGGGCCUGGCCGGGGCUCUGCGGCUGCUGGACCUGUCCCACAAUCGCAUCCGGAGGAUCCCGAAGGACGCCCUGGGCAAGCUCAGUGCCAAGAUACGCCUGUCCCACAACCCUCUGCACUGCGAGUGCGCCCUGCAGGAGGCCCUGUGGGAGCUGAAGCUGGACCCCGACUCGGUGGACGAGAUCGCCUGCCACACGGCCGUGCAGGAGGAGUUCGUGGGGAAGCCUCUGGUCCAAGCGCUGGACUCGGGCGUCAGCUUCUGCAGCGUCCACCACAAGACCACCGACGUGGCCAUGCUGGUCACCAUGUUCGGCUGGUUCGCCAUGGUCAUUGCCUACGUGGUGUACUACGUGCGCCACAACCAGGAGGAUGCCAGGCGGCACCUGGAGUACCUCAAGUCCCUGCCCAGUGCCCCCGUCCCCAAGGACCCCAUCAGCCCGGUACCCUAGCGCCUGCUCCAGGCAGACCCCGGCCCCGUGGCCGCCGUGGCUGUGGGAGCAGGUGGAGUCUGACUGAGGCUUCCGCUCCCCCUCUAGGCGGGUGGUCGUGGCCACUUUGUACAGCGCUUUCACGUGUUGCGUUUCCUCACGGCAGCGUCCUCAAGCCAGGUAGCUUCACCACGGGACCCUGGGCAGACAAGGAGACGGAAGCUUAGAGAAAUGGACUGACUUGCCCACAACAGCACAGUCAGGAAAGGAGCCCACUGGGACUGCAGCCCUGUGGGCCCAUCGUGACAAUCCGUGUUCCUUCCGCGGUGCGGCCUGCCCCACGUGGAGCCCGUGGGACUCAGAUGCAGUGAGAGAGGAGGGUGUGCGCUCCCCGAGUGAGAGCCCACGCGGAGGCUUGGACGCGGAUUCACCUGCCAAAGGCGCCAGGGCCCUGCCGGGGCACUGGCUUCCUUUGUUUACCCUGUACUUCCCGAGAGCAUCUGAACACAAGCCCUUUUCCCGGAGCAAAGCCACAGAGAGCAGGUUUUCUAGAGAGCUAGGUGGAAUGUACGGCUCAAACUGAUAGCUCAACAUCUCUUCUAUUCUCAGAUCGUUGGUUUAGAGUAAUCCUCGCGCCAAAAUUUCAGUCUAGCGUGAGGGAGAAAAACCUGGAAGGAAACCUGGGAAAGGUCCAGCGUAGACCCCCGAGGGGCAGUGUCGGCAGCCAGACGGACGUGGUCCCACCCACUUCCUGCCUCCCCUGCUGAUCCUGUCUCAGAAGGCCAUCCCCUGGGGUCGCCACUGUGCCUUGCUUUUCUACUCUCUGAUACCUAAAGCGGCUCCUUUUCUAAGGAUGGGAGGACUGAUGUUCGACGUUUCAAGGCCAACCAACGGGAUGCUUCCUCUGCUCCAGCACCAGAAACUCUCUUUUCACCUUUGCUGCCACGAAUCUCAGAGAAAAUUUAGUGCUCGACUUUCUUACCCGUAUUACUUCGCACUCUGGGUGGACAUCACCUCCACCCGUAUGAUUCUGAUUUCUAAUUUCAUUUCUUACUGCCUUUUUGUAUGAGUGUUUAUUUUUAAAUUUCUUUCAAUAUAUUUUGGGGGGGCAAAUAAGUGAUAAGGGUAAAUUGUUUAUGCACUUAAAAUGUAAGAUACAGAUGCUUCAUUGAGCAGAUGCUUAAAAAUGAUUACAAAUCAA